AUGGCCUGGCCAACAGUAGGCUACCUCCGCCGGCAAACCCGCUCUCGCUACCGGUAUCCUGUCAUCCUCGUGCUAUUUCUUCUUUACGUUUUCUUUCCAAUCCCUUGGCCAUCUGGACACGCUCCCUACGAAUAUUCCAACCACCACCUAACCUUCCGCGGCACACCUGUCAUACAACAUGCCUUCACGACUCCAUCCGCCGACACAGGCCGGCUCAAAGCCGUCAAGGCCGAGUUCGUGCACGCCUACAACGCCUACCGCUCCCGAGCAUGGAUGCACGACGAAGUCAAACCUCUCUCCGGCGGCACGCACACGCAAUACUGCGGCUGGGCAGCCACCCUGAUUGAUGCUCUAGACACGCUGUACAUCAUGGGCCUCGAAGAAGAAUUCGAGGAGGCUGUAGCAGCCGUCCAUCGGAUGAAGUUGUGGUAUGCGCCGUCGCUGGCUUGUAGUAUCAACCCGUUCGAGAUGACGAUUCGCCACUUAGGAGGCCUGCUCUCCGCCUACGACAUCUCGGGCCAGCGGGACGAGCGGCUGAAGCGCAAGGCGGUGGGGAUGGGUGAGAUGUUGCUGCAGGCCUUUGGGCGGAAUGGUAUCCAGUGUCGGGCGAUCCUCUGGCCGAGGCUGUGGGGCUGGCCGUGUACGCCGAACUCGGGGGUAAGUUUUGCACGAAUGGGCAGCCAAUUGUUGGAGUUUGUGCGGUUGAGUAUGGUGAGUGGGAAGCGGAAGUGGUCUGAUCGGGCGGAUUUCGCGGCGCAGGAGCUGCUGAGGGUGCAGAACAAAAGCAGGAUCCCAGGUCUUUGGCCACGAAACUUCGACGGGACCUGUGACCAGGGACUGUGCGAUCUGACAGACGGACCACAAUUCUAUACGACGGCGUCAGGUGCGGAUUCAAGCUAUGAGUAUUUCGUCAAGACGCAUCUGUUAUAUGGCGCUGUGGACGACAGCUAUGCUAGAAUGUGGGCUGCAGCGCUGCCGCAGCUGAAGAAGCACAUCUUGUUCCGUCCGCAGGCACCCAACAACGCAGACCUGCUCUUUCCGGGCGAGAUUAUGACGUUCAAAGACCUUCCGCAAUCGUUCAGCGGUAAAGUGGAGCACCUUUCCUGCUUCCUCGGCGGUCUCUUUGCUCUGUCCUCCCGCACGGUCAUCGACAAUACUGAGGACAUCGAAAUCGCUGCCAAACUCACGAAUGGAUGCGUAUGGGCAUAUGAGUCAACGGCUUCGGGCAUCAUGCCCGACACAGUCGUCUUCGAGCCCUGCCCGCCCUCGAACCCGAAAUGUACCUGGAACGAACUAUCCUUCGCCGCCAACACGCGCAAGCACGGCGACGCGACGCUGCCGAAGGGCUUCAUAAAAGUCGAACGGCCAGAAUACCUCCUCCGGCCGGAGGCGAUCGAGUCCGUCUUCUAUAUGUACCGCAUCACGGGCGAUGAAAUCUGGCGCGAAAAGGGCUGGCGCAUGUUCACUGCGAUCCGAGAUGCAUCGAGGGCGAAGUAUGGGCAUGCGAGUGUGGCGAAUGCGUUGGUCAAUGCUACGGGCCAAGUGGAGGAGAACCAGAUGGACAAGAUGGAGAGCUUUUGGUUGAGUGAGACGCUGAAGUAUUUCUAUCUGCUGUUUGCCGAUCCCAGGUUGGUGAGCCUGGAUGAGUGGGUAUUCAACACUGAGGGGCAUCCAUUUCGGAUCGAUGAAGAGUACAGAGGACAGAUGUAUGCAUAG